AGCUCAACCACUGCCUGUGUGAGAUGUUGCACAUUGAGAGAAGUGUAACUGCAGCCUACCAUCCACAAAGAAAUGGACUGGAUGAAAAAACAAACGACAAUAUAAAACGAGCUCUGAAGAAACUGGUUAACAACCAGCAGAAUGACUGGGACAUCUAUCUGGAUGCAACAUUAUUUUCUUUAAGGUCAAAGGUCCAUACAACCACUAAACAUUCACCAUUUCUGCUUAUGUACGGAAGAGAGGCAGUGUUUCCUUCACAGGUUCCCAUUGAAUUGCCAUGAUGAUGCUUUGGGCUGCAAAGGACACUGGGAGGGUUGAAGCAGUUGUUGGCCCAUACAAACUGUAUGAUCAUUCUUUUCGCACCCUGCAGGGGAAUGAGUGGCUUUCGGAUGAAGUUAUUAAUGCAUAUGUGCACUACAUUUUGGAGAAACAACAGAUGAAAUUUCCUGUGGUGGAGAAGUGGGCAUGCCCCGUGAAUGUUGGAGCCCAUUGGAUACUUGUGGUUGUCGACAUUCCCCUCAAAAAAAUCAUUCUGAUGGACCCAUUUGGAAAUGAAGCCUCCUAUGAGAGGAGAAUUUUGCGCAACUGGAGGAAUUUUAUGAAACAGAGAGGGGAUGAUGAGAACAGAGCAACAUGGACAGUAGCAACCCUGCAACACAACAAGCAGAGAGAUGGUAGCAGUUGCGGCGUUUUCAUUUUGAAGUUUGCUGAACAUCUCCUUUCAGAGGGAGACAUCAGUCGAGUUCAGACGACUUCAGAUUUUGUGACAAAUGCCCGAUUGGAAAUAGCCUGUUCCCUCCUGGAAUAUCAGGGUCCAAUGCGACCACUGCAACAGAUGGGCACAUUUUCAAUGUGCAAAUUUUGAUCCAAAGAAUCAGUUUGCUUUCAUUUGUACAAAGUGUUUGUGAAAGUUUUUUUUUUUUCUUUUU